AGGAAGGAACGGAAAAAACUAUACAAUGCUUUAGCCACGGGCCAUGGCUCGUCCCCAGAUCUCCCUGUAAUUCACUCCGCGAGCCGCUCCGAGACAAAUAUGGCGUGAGAGAAACCGUGGAAAAGAAAGUGCGAAACUGUCGGGAGUUACUCGUCGCGGCGGACUCCUGCUGCCGCUGCCUGGAAGUUUUCUGUUGUUUUCCAGUCGUGGGGCCCCGACGGUGGCGGCGGCUCUCUCCCCGGAGCGGUGUCCCGGUCUGCCCAGCCCCAUGCAAAACCUAACGGCCCCUGGCGGCCCCGGCAACUCCAAUGUCACCUGCUCCUGCAACUGCACCGCUUCCCAGCCACAGGGAAUGGAGAUAUCUGAACUGGAGUUUGUUCAGAUCGUCAUCAUCAUCGUGGUGAUGACAGUGAUGGUGGUGGUGAUCAUCUGCCUGCUCAACCACUACAAGCUCUCCACCUGGUCCUUCAUAACAAGGCAGAGCCAGGCCCGCAGGCACGACCAUGCCCUGCAGCAGGAUGGGUGUCUGUGGCCUUCAGACAGCAGCUCUCGACAAGGUGCCUCGGAGGUAUUAUACGCUCCCCAGGCCAGGGAUCGCUUCACCGCUCCCUCCUUCAUGCAGCGCGACCGCUUCAGCCGCUUCCAGCCCACCUACCCCUACCUGCAGCACCAGAUCGACCUGCCGCCCACCAUCUCGCUGUCGGACGGCGAGGAGCCCCCACCGUACCAGGGGCCCUGCACCCUGCAGCUCCGUGACCCCGAGCAGCAGAUGGAGCUCAACCGCGAGUCGGUGAGGGCACCGCCAAACCGGACCAUCUACGACAGUGACUUGAUCGACAUGGGAGGAGGUGGGGGCCUGGGAGGGGUGGGGGGAGGAGGGGGAGGGAUAGGAGGAGGCGGUCCGAGGCCGCCAAGCAGUAACUCGGGCAUCAGCGCGGCAAACUCCAGCAGUCACGGGCGCAUGGAGGGGCCCCCGCCAGCAUACAGCGAGGUGAUGGGCCACUACCCCGGCCCAGCUUUCUUUCUACACCAGCACAGCAAUAACCAGAGGGUGGGGGGGCCGGGGAGCAGGACGAUCCAGCAGCAGAGCCAAUCAGAAAGCACAAUAGUACCUGCCAAGGCCAAGGACGGCCAACCAGAGGACCUGGUGUGAAGAAAAGGGUAGGGGGGCAGGCGGGGCUACCCACCCCAGACUCUAGGCUGUCUCUCCUCUUCACCCUCGAUCACCUGUAAGCAGUGGACUCUCUGUCGCGCCCUCUCUCUCUCUCUCUCUCUCUCUCUGUCUCUCUCAUGCCCUCUCUCCACACUCCCAUGCACAAAUAAAUAUCAACCUUAGCUACAAAGAAACAAGGAAAGAGAGGAACCAAGAGUUGAUUUUUCUUUUUCUUUCCAACGUUAGUCACUCAAACAGCUAGCACUGCUGGGGCAGGACGUAUGCACUGCGUGGAGAGUUCUUAUUUUUUUGUCCUCUACACGAGAAAGAAACAUACUGCUAGCACAGAUUGAAAUGAUUUGGGUUUUUUUUCGUCCCCUCGGGUGACGUACUCUGUCCCUGAAAACUAAGGGUGUUUUUUUUUUGUUUUGUUUCUUUUUUCGGACCGGGAUCUGUGCACAAAGCGAGAACUGAGAAUCAAGGACUUAACAGAGAACACAACAACAACAACAACAACAACAACAACAACAAAAACAAGAGACUCACAAACCCACAUCUUAGUGCCAAGGUUCACAAGGAAGCAAAGCAAAGGGGGGAAAAACAAUGACUUGUUCUAACAUUCAGAAACACAAAAAAAGAAAAGUUAUCUAAAAGUUGCACUAUCUUUUUGUUGUAAAAGAGAAGAGGGAAAUUAUGCUAUGUGAUGAUAAUGAUGUGUUUGUUUUUUUCUCUCUCUUUUUUUUCGUCCUUUUCAUGAAUGGACUGACUGAACUUUGCCUCCAAAGUUGUUUAAACAGUUGGGAGCAAGAAAAAAAAGUAUUAUAAGCUUAUGUCCUUCCUUUUUUUAAAACAGCAAGAAAUACUCGUACCCAGCCUACAACAUCUCUGUCUGCUUACACCACAGGCACAGUGAGACUUAGUAAGAGAAUAACCUUGUACUGCUCACGUCUGUGAGAGAGAAAUCUGCCCGCUGACUGGCCGCUGGGUGGAUCAAACAUUUCUCAACUCCUCUGGUAGCUUGUUACAAGAUUACAAGAAGAGUAGUUUGUAAAUUCGUAGAAAUAUGAGAGCUGCUUGGCAAGAUCCAAUAUGCCCCAAACUAACCGAUCUUGGUGAAUAUUUAUCACAUCAAUCAAGAAUAACUCCAUAAUAACAAAGAAAAAAAACAUAUCUAACUGUCCACCCAGCAGCCUGCUCACAGCAGAUUCUUCACUUUCCAACUCUGUCCCAACCUCUGAGCACCUGACACUUCCUCUUUCCUGUUUCCUGCGUCCAUAGCCCCCCUCUCCACCUCCCCCUCUCCUCUCACCGCUCAUCUCAACAUGCACAGUUCAUUCUGCCAACAGCCACACUGAACACGGCGCCAUGACAACGAAAACACAAAACAACAACAAAAAAAGAAGGCUCAGCUCUCCGUCUUCACGUUUCUAAAGCCAGAAAACAAAUAUUUAAAAAAAAAAAAACAGGACGACACAAAGUGAAGAUUCCUGUCUGCAUCCGCCAGCACAGCGAUCAGGUUUUAAACGAAAACUGUCUGUGGUUGAAGUAAAAGGGCUAUGGGAGGGUCCUUUUUUUGUAAAAGAAAACCUUUUUGAAAAAUUGAGCCUUUUUCUCUGCUCAUCGUUGCCUUCUCCUCUGCUCUUGCGCUUUCUCUGUCUCUCUAUCUUGUUUGCAUUCAACACCAGUGCCCCCCCACCCCCCCCCCCACCCCCUUUAACCCCAGCUUGUUAACAGUGUCUCCAGUCACUGUUCGUCAUCCCUCCUUCCAUCCGUGUGCAGAAAAAGUGCGUUCAAAUGAUGCAGAGUCCGCCAAGCCCUUUAAAGUGGAGACUGGAGUGGAGCCCUUGUUUGGCAGUGUGCUAGUGCAGUCCUUUUCUCCCUGUGUGUGUGUGAUGUGUGUAUGUGUGUGUUUGUUGGUUAGACCUUGUGACAACACAGAAAAGCACUUAAUGUUCCUGCAGGAGCAUUGUGUGUGUGUGUGUGUGUGUGUGUGUGUGUGUGUGUGUGUGUAUGUGUGUGUGUCUCUGUGUGAUUUAUUAAUCAACUGCUUUGUCUGAGUUUAGUGAUUCAAGGACAUGUUACUUAUUUGGCACUGUCCAUAUUAACACAUCAUUAAUUAAGCAUUCAAGAAAACCGGAGAUGCAUGAUGGGUAUUAUCUUGGUGCAGAAGGGAUCUCACUGUUAAAGCUCAAAGAAUGUGCAUGCCACAGUCCACUCAAUCCUAUUGUUAGAGCAACACAAGGAAAACUCCACCUUUCUUGAUUCGUGUGUACAGUAGAUUCACACACUGAGUACGGACACUGAAAAUGUGUGUCGUGAGUGGAGUGUAGAUGGACAGUGUUGUCCCUCAGUACAGUGCACAAAGGAAACAGGAGCUGCUCAUUGCUGCAAAAUAUUACAUGGUGGAUUGUGGUGAGACAGCUUAACGAAAAUUUUAAGUACUAAAUCUUUAAAAAGAAAUGAUUUUAUUUUGAUUAGAAGAUAAGGCUGGUGUUAUUCUUUAUGUUUAUAACGUCAACAAAUCCUGCGAAAAGACCAAAACCUACAGUGUGUUACUUUGUCUCAAUACAACAAAAAAUUCUUCAGUCAUCAUAAAUUCAUUUAUUUUUUUCAAAUAUGGUCUUUGGCCUUUGAAAUAGAUCUCCUUAUGCACAGACCGAAGGUUAUCCUUGAACAAAGACAAGGCGAUAUGAUCUUUCCACAAAGCGCAUUACCUGCUAUCAUGUGACCACUUUUCCCUAUUUGGGGAACAUGAUAAUCAGCUGCCUCCUGAAAGUCAAAGACCCCACUCACUACUUGGAUUAGUGAUACUAUACAGUCUCUGGCUUAUGUUUGAUAUCUAGUGUCGGCAAAAAUGUUGUACAUUUCUGAUCCGUCGUUAGGGGCGAACUUGGCUUUUUUACUAUAUAAUAUGAAUGUUACUGUCACCCUGAACAACCCACCGAACCGCAUUUAGACUCUUAAAGUCUUAAAGAAAGGAAAAAAAAGGAAUAAUUAAUCAAAUAUUUUUAUGAAACAGCCAAGUCAGAUCCAAUUGACGUAGUCUGGCACAGCCCAACAUUGUAGCAACUGAGCUAAAAUGCUAAGAAAUCCCCCUCUGCUGACGAGGACGGCAUUAGGUGGUGGAAAGCUCUGGAAGUAUUAAGUGGAUUUUGAGUUAAUGUUUUUUGUCAAAAACCAAGUUUCAGGCUCAAAAAGUGUGCUUUAUAAUCGGUCAAGUCAGUAAUAUUACAAAACAGCCGGUCACUGUAGCUUUUAGCAAACGUUACUCAAACAGGAGGAAAUUACCUUUGUUGGGGACUAUUUUCAGCAAUGGAUUAAUACACGUUUGGUACUUUAGUGAGUAUUUAGGGCAGCAGGCCAGUCUGUGUGUACUGAGACAAAAUAAAGUACAGUGUGUGUUUAUGGUAAUGAAGGAAUGCGUCAUCCAGUGCAGCAGUGUGGCUCACUAAUGUUUUUAAUCAUUUUUGACAGUAAUGGAGCUCUGUGGUACAGAGGAAGAAGAUAGAUCAGGCCUUGAUGCACACAGGAUACAUUGCAUGUCAGUUUGGGUCUUUUUGUUGGAUUUGAUGGCAUUAACUUAACCAGGGCUGCAAGAUAUGCUAAAAAAUCAUAUUUGCAAUUACUUGGACAGAUAUUGCAAAAUGAGGUUUGAUUUUACUGGGAAAAGUAUUUUGUUACAUUUUCACAAAAAAAGGGGAAAAUAAAGAACGAUGAUGAAUUUCUUUUUUUUUUUUUACUAGGAUCUGUGCCAAACAAGCAUGUUUCCUUACAUGCCGAACAUGAUUUGUAGGCCUCAUUUAUGUUGAGACACAUUUUACCUCUAUCCCCCAAAAAUGCAGCUCGAUUUGGAUAUAGGUCAUAUUGCAAAUUUGAUAAUAUUUUUGAUUAGUUGUGCAGCCUUAGUAUUAAUGUAACCAUAGAAUAUCACCAGUGGCAUCCCAAAGUUCGGUCUGUUACAGUUUAUUGAACAAACAGAAACAAGAAAAGUGGAUUGCUUUCUUGUAUACUCAUUUCAAAAACAAUAUUCUGUGACUAUAUACAAUGCAUACUAUGUACUGUUAGUAUAUAUUAUGGAAUUAGGACAUUCCUAACACUCUAAUUAAAAAACACUCAUUCAUAAUUACUUAGGACAGAAGUCCUUCACACUUUGAACAGUUAUCCUGUGCCGGCACUAGUUGCAGUCAGUGUGAAGUUGCCUAAUGCAGCAUUAAUGAGUAUUUGAAGGUAUAAUGUAAUGCUAAUGCAGCAUAGAGGCCUUAUGCUGAACUGAAUCCAGUUGAAACAUUAAACCUAGAAAAUGUAGUGGAGAAAGAACUAAGUGAACUGUCUCCUCCUUGUGCACUCAGAGCUCAUAUCUGACUUUACAUCCCUCAGAUGUCAUGAUGGUGGAGGAAAUUUCAUCUAAAAGAAAGCCUUCUGAUUCUGUUAGCAUGUGUGAAUGUAUGCAUGUGUCCCAGCUGUGUGUUUCUGGUCAGCGUGUCCAUCUGACAGUUUGUGUGUGUGUGUGUGUGUGUGUGUGUGUGUGUGUGUGUGUGUGUGUUACUACAUCGCUGCUGCUAUUGCUGUUGCUGCUACUGCUAAUAUUGUUGCUACUGCUGCUUCUCAUGCCCCCCACCCCAUCCCGUCCUCUGUCCCUCUGUCCACCCUGUCCCCUCAACUCAUCCAAAAACUUAGGAGAAAUCUGACCCACUGCAGUCAAAAGCACAAGUAUUGAGACAAAAACGUGAUCCACAUCACAUUUUGUUACGCAGAAACCCGUCAGUCGUGAGAAAAGAUUGUCCCGACACUUCCGCCUUUGACUGUACAGACCUGCUUCAAACCCACGUUUCUUUCCUCUUUUUCCCUCCCUUCUUUCUGUUGUUUUCUCGCCUUGUUCUGUCUGCGCAGUCAUAGCUUGUAAAUUGAGGAUAUAAAGAUGAAUUUUAUGUUUUCUACAAGGAGGUUUGCAUGUUACUAUUAUGUGAGUAAAUAAGGUGCCUAAUGUUCAUGUUUGAGCAGACCACACCUCUGUCAAACUGCUGCUUGGGAUCUUUGCAGGUGCUUUGCGUCGGGCUGACGGCCUGUCUGGCAGAGUGGAACAGAAAGGAGAAGGUUAGAUAGGUUUGCCAAAAGUGAUCGUUUUUGUAAAGUCAGAUGUUACAGUGGUGACAUGCUUUCGGGAGUCAGCUCAUGUGCUCCUGUUCGAUUACAGACUGAUCCUGUGGUGAAAAGUGGACAAAAGCCACAUUUAAUUCAAGCUCUAGAUGAAAUUUGGUGACCACAGGACAAGCAAAACACCGGCUGCCCCUCCAAACUGCAGCUUUACCUUGACUAUUUUUAGCUUGCCAGUGCAACAGUCAGCCUGCCCGCUUCCAUUGUGCCAGACAGGAACGCUCGCUCCCAGGUGAAGCAGCUGAAGCCAUUUCAACCAGUAAUAUGACCAGCGUGUGGAGCAGACAUAGGAACCCACUUGCACUCAAAAAGCUCCCACCUUCGUUGUGCCUCACUUCCAACGGUGCUUUUUUCAGUAGUCUGUCUUUCUUUGUUUGUUUGUAAGGUGCUGUAUAUAACUUGAAUAUAUUAUGCACAUAUCCUACCCAAUGGGUAGAAACCACAAAAAAAUGUUGUGAAUAAUGUAAUAUAAUGUAUAGACAAUAUAAGAAUUUUAAGAAGGCAACAUCAAAUUUGUAAAUGCCUACAGUUAAAAACGUGCUUUGUCUUUUUUUUUUUUUUUAAUGAGAAAACAUGGUUUGCAAAGUAUGCUUAGAAUAUGGUUGCAACACAAAUACAAACGUAUAAUAUUUUGCUAUAAAUAAUAGUCUGUUAUGAUAAGGAUGAGAUAGCCUCUGUAUUAAGGAAGUUGUUGAGAAAGAAUAUUAUUCACUUGUUUAUUGGAUUCCUCGUCUAAGAACAAGCUUACACAGUGCUUGCCGUCAUUUGGGUACUGGCUGGUGGCUUUACUUUCACCGCAAAUCGACUAACAAAUGUAUAGCUCUAUUCCACAGAUCUUUUUAAGAGAAACUAAAAAUCGCACACUCAUCAGUUGCUGUUUAUGCCACGACUUCAGCCAGGCUCCGGUUUGAAUUUUCUUACUCGCUUUGUAAAUUGUUGAACAAAAAGCCGAGGCUGUCUAGUUUUUGGGAGACGCGUCACACGACCACUGCACACAAGAGCCGUCAGCACUUCCGAAUAUGGAAGAAUAUGUGUCUGUACUCAUAGAUCUUAACAACGUUUUAGUUUAUUUCAGCUGUAAUUUUGUAUAUCUGCCAAAGUAUAAAUCUGUGGAGCACACUCAGCACUGCUAUAGGUCUGGCUGGAUGUUGGGCUCCAGUUAAAGCAUUUCAGCUCCGUUACAGGAGGAUCACUAAUUUUGAUCACAUUAAAGGUCCUGUAUGCGACAUUCUGAGCAUUAAUAUAGCUGCAAAUUUUAUAGUAGACUAAUGGCGGCCUGAGCAGAAAAAUGAAGUCCCACUAACUCCGUGCGUGUGUUGUCAAGCUCUCCUGUGGGUCGUUGUUCUGACACGCGAGUCCCCGUGAUUGUACCCACUGGCUAGCUCAUUGCCGCCACUCAACACUGCGCUCACUUGAUGGUUACUGCUGAUAUUGAGACGGCGUCGUCAUGUAAGCGUAGCACCCACCCUCAAGUUCCCCCUGGUUUACCCCAUUAGCUCUGUCAGCACGGUUGCUGUUGUUAGCACUGUUAAUUGAGAUUAACCAUUAGCUGCUAGCCGCCAGCUCAGCCACCUCCAUGUUUAGAGCUGUGUGCAGGCAAUCCCAUGUCCCACUCUGAUUCACAGAUAUGCUCUCAAUGUCACAUACAGCUCUUUUAACGUUGAACAGGAAGAGUGUAAAACAUUCAAGGAAAACUGGUCAUUCCCUUUUAGGUCAAGAAUGGAAAGUUGCACCAGUGCAGAACGAGUGAAAAAUGCCGUUAAAACUGUCAUUUAACUUUUCUCUCUUUAUUAUUAUUAUUAUUAUUUUUUUAUUUUCUAUAUUACAAUGUUAUAUGUGGCACAGUAUAUUGAAACAAAAGUCAUGUUUAAUCUGCAGUCAUUUAUUUACAGUAUGUACUGAAAAUAACUCCACUGUACAAUAACCGCAGAGCAUGUUCAUUCUUAUCUAUAGACGAUGUACAUAGCAAAGCGCCAUUUUCUCUUCAAAGCACCAAAUAAGUGGCAGUUGUGUAGUUUUAAUUUGGAAAAGUCUCUAUUGUAACUUUGGCUGAAGCGCCGCUCAGCUCUUCUUCUUAUAGGAAGACUUCACCCCCCCCCCCCCCCUUUGUAUAUCUGUAACUCACCCUGUGUUACACUGAAUUUGUGAAGAAAACUUUGUUAUUCUCACAUGCUGCCAGUGAACGAGGAAUUCAAAAAGAGAAAACUUUAUAUGAAUGGGCUGCAUUUUACAACAGCAAAAACUACAUCAAAACAUCCGUCUACAAACUUUCACACAACUCAUACAGUAUAAUCCCAGUGUCAUUAUCCACUCAUACGCUCAGUACUUUCUGAAAAGAUGUUUUCGACAGGAGCCUCCAUAGAAGUUUUGCUUUUUAAUCCAGUUCCUUUUCGGAAAAAACGCUUUCUGUUUUGGAAGUUCUGAGCAUACAUCUGGAUAAAUGAGACUUAGUUUAUACUGCAUGAGUUGUAUGAGGGUUUGUAAACCGAUGUUUUGAUGUAGU